UAACAGCCAUGGAAGGUGUGCUGCUCUUCCUCUGCUCUCUGCUCGUUCCAGCAAUGUUAGCAAAUGUCACUGAUCAGGAGAAGGAAAAGGACCCCUUUAACUAUGACUACCAGACUCUACGCAUCGGAGGCCUGGUGUUUGCUGUGGUCUUCUUCACCGUUGGAAUUCUGCUUAUCCUGAGCAGGCGGUGUAAGUGCAACUUCAGCCAAAAGCCAAGGGCCCCCGGCGAUGUGGAGGCACCCGGAGAGAAUUUGAUCGCCUCAAACGGUAAGGGCCCCUCCCACGCUCGCCUCCACCUGGGACAUUGCCUUCCUGGGGCCGAGCCGAGGGCAGGGGAGGCUUCCCCCCAGCUGGGAAUGGCCAGGCCCAUGAGUGCUGCAUGUUCAGUUGGGGGGGGGAGCAUAUCCUCCAAGGGUGUAUCUAGAGACCAGUCAACGGACAUGCAGACCCCAGAUGCAAACAACAAUGUGAAGCGACGCUGCCGAGGCGAAGGCUCCAAACCCUCGCAUGGAAAGGUUGACCGCUCUGUGUCCACGUUGACCUCUCCUCAGACACCCUCCACCUGCAGACAGACAAGCAUCACCAUGGCAGACGAAACUCUUCCUGAGGCGGAGAUGGACAGAUUUUCUUACGAUUACCAGACUAUCCGGAACGGGGGCCUGAUUUUUGCUGUGGUGGCUUUUAUGAUCGGACUCCUCAUCAUCCUCAGUCGCCGUUUCCGUUGCGGAGGGAAGAAAAGGCAACGGCAAGAGGCUGAAGAAGAACUCUAAACUCUGAAUGGCCCCCAACGAGCACCGUGGAUCUUCCAGAGAAGGUGGAGGAAGGGAGUACCUUGUGGCGGCCCAGGGUUCUCGCAGGCCCAGGGCGGACACCGCAACCUCCUGACCGCCAAGCUGCAACAGAGGCAGCAUCUCGCUUCUUUAAGAGGAAUCUCUUACUUAUUUGCUUUAAUAAAGUCUUCACUGAGGA